AUGUCACCUGAACAUACAACAGAACCGAAGACGAGCAUCGCCAACGAGGAGAGCCAUCGCACAGAUAGCGACGACCAUACCUCUCCGCAAGAGACGACUCCUAUAUCCGGCAACACGAUGGGCAGCAACGACAAGGAGAAAAUGGCCGCAACGGAUACGCCCUCUGCUGACGCAACGGCGAAUGGCGACAAACGCGACAUCACUGGCACGCGCUGGAUCCUAAUAUGCGCCGCCCUCUAUCUGUCAUCUCUAAUGUAUGGCCUCGACACCACCAUCGCCGCCGACAUUCAAGGGGCCGUCAUUGAGACGUUUGGAAGUGUGCCCCAGCUGUCCUGGAUCGGUGCCGGAUUUCCCCUUGGCUCCGUGGCCGUCAUCCUGCCUUACGGUUUCCUGUAUACCGCAUUUAACAUGAAGUGGUUAUACAUCGCAGGCAUUGUGUUGUUUCAGGCCGGCUCUGCUCUCUGUGGUGCAGCACCCACUAUGAAUGCCCUCAUCGUGGGCCGAGUGUUCGCUGGCGCUGGCGGAACAGGGAUCUACCUCGGUGGCCUGAACCACUUCUCUGCCUUGACCACCAGACAAGAGCGAGGCACCUACCUUACCGGCAUUGGCUUCAUCUGGGGCGUUGGCUGCAUUCUUGGCCCUGUUGUGGGUGGAGGCUUCUCGGUCUCGUCGGCGACGUGGCGUUGGGGCUUCUAUAUCAACCUCGUUAUCGGUGCUCUCAGUGCCCCUAUCUACUUAUUCUGCCUGCCCGCUAUUCACCCAGCAUCCGACAAGUCGUUACGUGAACGAAUUGUCAGUCUGGAUUACGUUGGUUUCGUGCUAUCCGCCUCAAUGUGGGUUUUCUUUACAGUGGGCUUCAUCUUCACUGGAGCGGUCUGGGCGUGGAACGAUGCCGGCACUAUCGUCAUGAUCGUGCUUUUUGGUGUCUGCUUAAUUCUUUACACGAUACAACAGUAUUUCUGCCUCUUCACGAGCCGAACGACGCGCUCCUUCCCGGGCCAACUGCUACUCUCGCGCACCCAAAUCCUCAUGUACAUCACGACGACAUGCGCCAAUGCCAGCAUGUUUUUCACCAUGUUCUACAUACCCAUCUACUUCCAGUUCGUACAGAACGACAGCUCACUUGUAGCUGCGGUUCGACUGCUGCCUUUCGUUAUAGUGCUCAUCACUUGCAACCUCGCUUCAGGCUGGGCGCUGCCAAAGGUCAAAUAUUAUUUUGCGAUGUGCCUCGUCUCGGGCCUCAUCAUGACCCUGGCUUCGGCGCUCUUCUUUGCCUAUCUAUCGACCUCGGCGCCGACUAGUCAAAUCUAUGGCUUCAGCAUCUUGAUGGGCUUUGGUGCUGGCACGACCAUGCAACUGGGAUACGCCGUAGCGAGCUUGAAGGCCCCGCAACCGUCAGAUGUCUUUCAUGCAAUCAACCUACAGAACAUCGCGCAAAUUGGGGCCACCGUCAUCUCCCUCGUCAUCUCGGGUCAGGUCUUCCAGUCGACAGCUGUUCGAAAUCUCAAUGGCGUCUUAGCAGGCUUGGAUUUUAGCGAGGCAGAGAUCAAGAGUCUUGUCGCCGGGAACCAGAGCACGGUGUUCCAAUCCCUUGAUCUCGGUCUGCGUGAGGCAGUCAUCAACGCCAUCAUCACGGCCAUGCAAAGGGCCUUCAUUAUACCCCUUGUCGCUGGUAUUGUCAGCACUUUUUCUGCCCUCUUCAUGCACAGAGAGAGGAUUUUUUGA